AUGUCUUCAGAACCCGGCUCGUCGGCAUCGUCGUCUUCCCCAACCGCCGAUGAAUUGGACGACCACCAGAUUCGAAGGCUUACUCUGCUGCUUCCUUUCAUUUUCAGGGUAGCUGCUCCCCGUCAAAACCACCACGACAAUGAUUCCAUCCUCGAUCUUCCCCUCGGGGUCAUCCUCUUUAACCCUGCCACCAGAACCACCGUCAUGAUCGACCGCUCCCUGGACUUGGACUCGCUGAUCGAGGAGGUCCCCACCAAGCCCGGGCUGUUGCCCGCGUCCAAGGAUUCCAUGGCGGCCAUGCCCACCGUCGCGGUCACUGAAGAAGAUUCUGAGUGUGCGAUUUGCUUGGAAGAUUACGUCACCGGGGAAGAGGCUAGGGAGAUGCCCUGCAAGCACAGGUUUCACCCUCGCUGCAUCGAAAAGUGGUUGGGGAUUCACGGCGUGUGUCCUGUUUGCCGAUUCCCGAUGCCCGUGGACGAUAGGGACGCCGAGCUCCACAGCGGCGAGACGACGGAGAGUGAUGGCGACCUCAUGCAUGCGGGUUCCAACCAUUCCCGGAGCUCCGCGCAUUCUGAUCCUGCUUCUGAUUCACAGAUACGAGAGUCCCAGAGGGGAUGA